GAAUAUUUUUUUAAAGACAUAUUCCAAAAAUUAAAUAUUCAAUGGGAUUAGAUAUCAAUUUAUUAAGAGAAGAUAAAGGUGGUAAUCCAAAUUUGGUAAAGGAGUGGUGUUAAAAAAGAUUUUAAGAUCCAUCAAUAGUUGAUAAAGUGAUAGCCUUAGAUUAAGAAUGGAGAAAAGGUAUGAAAGUUUUAAAUGAUUUUAUUUAGCCAGAUAUAAUCUUGAUUAACUUAAUAAAGAAUAUGGAAUAGCAAAUAAAAAGAUUGCUGAAAAGAAAAAGGCUAAUAAAUAAGAUCCAUGUGUUGAAGAAGUAGAAUAAGCUAAAACAAUAGAUCUUAAAAUAAAAGAAGCUUAAAAAGUAAGAAAUAUAAUGUAAUAAAUAGAUUGAAUAAGAAUAAGAAGUUAUUUUAACAACAACAUUAAAUAAAAUUGGGAAUGUAGUACAUGAAUCAGUACCAGUAUUUAAAGAUGAAGCAUAAAAUAAAACAGAAGUAGAAUGGGGUUAAAUCCCUAAUAUCUAAGUUAAUAGUACUCCAGGUAGAUGUCACCAUCAUGAAAUCUUAUUUAUGAUUGAUGGUGUUGAUCUUAAAAGAGGUUCUAAAAUAGCAGGUCAUAGAGCCUAUUUUCUUAAAGGACCAGGUCUCCUUUUGAAUUAAGCUUUAGUAAGUUAUGGAAUUUAAUUUCUUAAUUAAAGAGGUUAUACCCCGAUUCAAACACCUUACUUUAUGAAAAAAACAUGUAUGGCAGAGACUGCUUAAUUGUCUGAUUUUGAUGAUUAAUUGUAUAAGGUAUUAUUAUUUAUGCAUAUUUAAAUCUAGGUUACUGGUAAUUAAGAAGAUGAAGAACUUUAUCUUAUUGCUACAUCAGAAUAACCUAUUUCUGCUAUGUAUAGAAAAGAAUGGUUAGAACCUAAAGAUCUACCAAUCAAAUAUGGUGGUAGUUCUACUUGUUUUAGAAAAGAAGCUGGAGCUCAUGGUAAAGAUGUUUGGGGAAUUUUCAGAGUUCAUUAAUUUGAAAAAAUUGAGUAGUUUAUUAUUUGUGCUCCUGAAGAUUCAUGGAAAUUUCAUGAAGAAAUGAUUACUGCUGGAUAAGAAUUUGUUAAAUCUUUAGAAUUACCUUAUAGAGUUGUUAAUAUUGUUUCUGGAGCAUUAAAUGAUGCUGCAGCUAAAAAAUAUGAUUUAGAAGCUUGGUUCCCAGGAUAUAAAGAUUAUAGAGAAUUAUAAUCUUGUUCUAAUUGUCUUGAUUAUCAAUCUAGAGCUCUUGAAAUUCGUUUUGGUGCUAAAAAAGGAGAUGAUAAAGAAAAGAAAUAUGUACAUAUGCUUAAUGCAACACUAUGUGCUACUGAAAGAACCUUAUGUUGUAUUUUAGAAAAUUAUUAAACAGAAACUGGAGUUAAAGUACCUGCUGUUUUAGUAAUUUAUUUUCAUUAUUUAUUAAGUAACCAUUUGUUGGCAAGGAUUUCAUUCCAUAUGUUAAACCUUUACCUAAAAAAGAAGAUCUUGGAGCAUGAACAAUAAUAUAUACAAAUAAUAUAUAUUCUU